AUGGGUAGGCAUAUUUACUUAUAUAGGCAAAUAAAUGAGUUUAAAAUCGAAAUUAAAAAUUAAAAACAAAAUGCUGAAGUAGAAAGAUUUAGAAUAAAUUAAUUCUGAAGAAUUUUUAUAUAAUUGCGAAAAGCUAAUAUCAAUUUUGAUUGAGAAUAAUUAAUUAAGACAUGCUUUGCUCUUAUAUUUACUAUUUGAGUGUGACCUUGAAAUUUAUGAAAUUCAGUAUCUAAAAUUUGAUGCCAUUAAAUAAAGAAAGUUUAACCUAAAUUAUGAAAAACAGGGAUCCAAAAUUUCGAAAAAAGUCGAAGUGUCUGAGCAAAUUCAAAUCUUAUGUCUGGCAAUAAUGAAGAAAUAUGAUCUUUAAGAAUAAUCUCAAAUCUUAUAUUUGAAUUCUAACCGAGAUGUUUAAACAAUGUUAGAAUGUUUAAAAAAAACCUAUUUAUCAAAAAUUGAAUAAGAAAACAAUUAGAAUUUUAUUGUUUUCUUGAAGAAAUUUAAGCUUUCAGAUAUUAAGAAGUACAAAAAAGUUACUCGAUUAGAAUCCUAAAGUAAUAUACUUAAUUAAAAAGGUAUGAUAUCAAAUCAAACUAAUUCUAUGAAUUGAUCAGUUUAUACUUGAGAUUUGAAAUUGAAAUUAAUAAAUAUGGAUUUAUAAAUUAAAAUACUAUCCAAAGUUAAUUAUAACCCCCAGCUUUAAAAAAGAGUAAAUCUUAGCUAGAUUUGAUUCGAAUAUAAAACAUUUAGAAACUAGAACAGUCAACUGCCUUGGUCCUAAUGAUUGAGGAUGAAUAAAUUUUAGUGAAAUAAAAUCUAAAUGAGUAAAUAGUUUUUAUUAUUAAAAAGAAAUAACACUCAAAUUGUAAGGUAAGAGAACAAAUUUCUAGAUAGGCCAGAAACAGAAAUAAAAGAUAUCGAAAUAUUUACAGAGAAUAUUAUAUGAGGC